AUGGCCAAGUUUAUGAUAAAGCUUCAGGAGUUGAUUCUCGCUUGUGAGAAGAUUCGAGAAGAUGCGAUGGCAGAGUUGGAAUCAAGAGGACCAAGACUGAAAGAGGUUGACGAGCAAGCAGUAUUAAGGAUACGAGUGGAACUCGAAAAAACGAAGAAGGAAAAUCGGCGCCUGCGAAACAUUGUUGAGGACCAAAGAAAAUCCAUGGAUUCCUUUAAAAAGGAUGUCAUAAAUAAAAAGAGCGGCGAGGACGAAGUCGCUCGAUGGAACGAACGCAAGAAAUUGGAGGAAAUGCUCAAUACUGUACGGAAAAAGCUAGCGGACUCGCUGGAGCGGGAAAAAGGAGUACGAGACAAGCUAAUCAAACGUGAUAGAUUAGUGGAUGAUCUAAGGAGAGACGAGGAAAUGAGGCGAAAAGAAUUGGAACGUACUCGAAAGAAAUUUGCUGACCUUCAAUAUGAAAGAGUGGAAUCUAUGCUUCAGGAUAUGGCUUUGAAAGAAAAUGAGGAGAAUCGUAAAUUGCAAAAGAAGCUAAUAGAAGAGAGAGAUAAAGCAACACAAGAAAAUGUUGAAGUCUAUGUUCUACAAAAGAAAUUAGCCGAAGAAGCAGCUAAACUGGAGCAAAAUGAGAAGGACAUCUUCUCCCUAUCGCUUCAACUAAAAACUCUCCAUGAAGAGAAUUCGCAACUCCUCCAGACUAUUGAAGAG